ACCCUACCCACACCACCAUGGUUUCUUCCACAGAAAACACUUUGAUCCAAAACAUCAAGCUCUCUUCAAUUGGUCCGAGCAAUGUUACCGGAACCGAUGUGACUCAUGAGCCGAAUGCAAUGGAUUUAGCCAUGAAGCUUCACUAUAUUUUUGGAGUUUACAUUUUCAGAAGCCAUGCAGUGCUAGGGUUAAGCGUUAUGAAUAUCAAGGAGUCCAUGUUCUUCUGGUUGAAUGAGUACUAUGUCACCUGUGGCCGCUUCCGGCGAUCGGAAUCUGGUCGCCCUUACCUCAAGUGUAACGAUUGUGGAGCCAGAUUCGUUGAAGCUCAGUGUGAUAAUAGUGUUGAUGAAUGGCUUGAGAUGAGAGAUUGUUCUCUAGAUAAACUCCUUGUUUCUCAUCAACCCAUUGGACCCGAAUUGUCAUUUUCUCCACCACUUUACAUUCAGAUUACUUGGUUCAAAUGUGGAGGAAUGUCAUUGGGCCUAAGCUGCAGCCAUAUCCUUGGAGAUGUAUUUUCAGUUUGUGAUUUCAUGAACAAGUGGAGCCCAUUUAUGACAACUUCUAAUGCCAGUACUCUACCCAAUCUAACCAAAUCACCUUCACCAAAAUCACAAACGUCAACACCACUUCCCAACCCCAAAAACCCACUUUCCAUUAAACGGGUCGACCCGGUUGGAGACCACUGGGUGACUCCCAGUAACUGCAAAAUGGAUUCAUUUUCCUUCCAUUUAACACCCACCCAAAUAUCUCAUUUACAGUCCAAAAUUUCAGGUAAAAUCCCAAUUUUUGAGACCUUAUGUGCCAUCAUUUGGCAAUGUGUAGCCCAAAUUAGAGAUGGGUCAGGCCCAAAUAAAGUGACAAUAUGCAAAAAAGAUCCUCAUAAUUGGAAAAAUAAUGCGAAGCUGAGCAAUAGUCAGAUCAUAAGUUGUGUUGAGGCUAAUAUUCAAAUCAAGGAUGCAAAUUUAGAACAAUUGGCAGCAAUUUUGGUUAACGAAGGGGUCGAUGAGAGGGGUGAGAUUGAAGAAGCAAUGGAAAGGGAAAAUGGGGUGGGUGAUUUUAUUGUUUAUGGGGCAAAUUUAACAUUUGUGAAUAUGGAGGAGGCUGAUGUUUAUGGAUUGGAAUUGAAGGCAGAAUUUGUAAGUUUCGGUAUUCAAGGUGUUGGAGACGAAGGAAGUGUUGUGGUGAUGCCGGAGGCAAAAGAUUUGGACAAAGAUGUUGGGAAAUUGGGAAGGUUUGUGACGAUAACUCUACCGGAAGAUGAAAUUGUGAAGCUAAAACCUGAGUUCAAAAAGAAUGAUCUAUUGCUUGAAACUAAUCUUGAAUGACUAAA